GAGUGUUUCACCACAAUUUCGACAUGCAGGACGUUUUUGUAGUCACGUGCGGACUUAGUGCUGUGAAUUGAUCCGCCAUGAUCAACUCGCGUGCGCGAGUCCAGCAGGCAGGACUUCGGCUUCUGCGCCUGCGUAUCAUUAUAUAGAUCCCAGCCUGUGCUCCAGGAUGCAUGUCGAUGCCCCUUUCUUCCAGCGAUUCUCGUACAUAUAACCUGAACCGGUGGGCACUCUCAUCACAGCAGGUUACGGCCCUGCUCGUAGUUUCCCCCAAAUCUGCUAUAUUGUCAGGUGCAACUCCUACCCCCUCGAAAUGGAAGCCUGACUUAGACUACCUUUCCUUACAGCAUUGCUCUGUUUUUCCUAUGGAACCUGAGCGCCAUGCCGACGGGGUCAGCUCACCUCUUGAAUAUUUCCGGGUCAAUGAUCUCCCUAUCGAUAUCGUACGCGAGAUAUUCGUCGAGGUCGCGCACAGUGAAGCGGUGAACAAAAUCCGCUCAGAGUCCGACGGCUGUCACGCUGCUCGAUUGGUUUCGAGUGUGUGCCGUUUCUGGCGUUUCGUAGCAUUCAACGAGCCUCGUCUAUGGGCAAAAAUCCGACUUGGCCCCAGGAGUGAGGGUGUGGAGGAGAAAUUGCGAUGGUUUUCGGAAUACUUAGGGAGAUCUAAGAGCGUACGUUUGGCACUUAGGCUGGUCUUUGACAAAACGUCCACUAAGGAGUUUCGUCAACGUGUCAAAGAGAUCGCAAGGCCACAUCUUUGUCGUUGCGGUUCCUUCUACCUUAAGGACUCUGAUUUCAACCUACCGAACGAGUGGAUCCCUUUCCCGAGCGAAUUUCGAUCGCUAGAGUAUGUUGAGAUAGUCUUGGGGUCGUUGACCAGGUCUACCCAGUCCCAAUCUGUGGACUUGCGCUUACCGAAGCGCAUUCGCUAUCUCAGUCUUCACGCCUCACAUGAAACCCUUCCCGUUUUCACGUCGGAUUCCGAGAUCGAGCAUCUGUCGCUAUUCGUGUACACCGAUAGUGCGGCAGCGGGUCUCCUGCGUAACGUCGACCAUCUCAAGGCUCUCGAUUACGCUGUUAUGUAUUCCCCUAGUGUAAACCUAUCACACAUAUUCCCCGCUUCAUUGCCACAGCUUGAAAGUCUGGUCAUCCCCGGCCAAGGCAAGUUGCCAUGCAAGAUGGCUCCACGCCUCAAGCACCUUGAAUGCCUUUUAUCACAGGUGCUACAUCCAGACCUAUCCUGGUCCGAUGGCGUGGGUUUGGCAUGGUAUCAUUGGAAGGGCAUUCUGAGGGGUCUCAUCUCCUUAAAAAUCGGGAUGAUCCAAAGUUCAGAAUUCUUCAAACAGAGGUGCCUUGUUCAUUGCUCCAUGCUGGAACGCUUGUCGAUCCCAAUCAGGCAAGGCGGCCAUAUCGAAAUUCUGGAGUUUCUGCUGUCGACCUCGACCUCUGAGCCACUACACUCAAAUGCCCAGCCGCCUUCAGAAACCCACUGUCCCAAUCUCCGGAACAUGUUCCUUUCGAUUUCCCUACUACACGAGCCCCAGGCCAUUGAACGCCUCUCUCAGUGCAUCACUGAGCUCCUUAUGACUCGUCCGUGUCUCUUAAAGGUCGAAAUCUUCAUCCGUGUCGGAACGGUAGAGUCUGAUCCGCACACUCGGAGUACGCUCAUGAUCACUGAGGAUCUCCCAAAGGCAUUUCCGAGCAGAGUGAUCGUUUAUUCUUAACAUCUUGAUGGCAAAGUGCUCCAAGCCCCAUGGGUCGCAUCUUGCUUUGCCCGUAACGCCCCUAUGCUUGCACGGAGCCAGUUAUUUCCCUCACGAAAUCUUUCAUUUCUCUCUCGCCAAAUGUAAAAUAUCCACACUAGAUCUGCACUUGGCAGGAUGAAUUCUAUACCUGUCUAAUCGUAAUCAUGU